GCAGUUCGAGAGUGCGCACGCGUGUGCUGUGUGGUCCCCGCGUAGAUCGGGUUGAAAGGUACCGUUUCCCGCGUACAAAUUGUGGAUUGUUAUAAUUCGCAUUAUUGAGUGAAACGUCGAGAUCGAUCAAGAAAUACAACCAACAGUUAUUCAUCAAAAUGAUUGUUGGAAGAGAGGUUUCUGGUGCUAUCUUUACACGCAUAUUCAUGUAGAGAAUUUGCAGAAGGUUGCUUAAUUAUUCAUGCCUCAGUUUAAGUGUGCGUGAUCCGUCUAGUGAACUUUCAUUGAUAUACUUAUCAAACGUCGUUCGGUUUUUCUUCGUACAGUGUUGCUGAAAAUACAGCUGUGAUUGUUGCAGUACAUACGUCAAUUGAGCUCUUGAAUGUACGUUGUGUUCUCUCUGCACAGUAACUAUCAGGGGUUGACUCGAUUGUUUUUUAUUAUUAUCUUGUCAUUUCAUUAAAAUAAAAUCAUAGCGGCAAACGCAAGCAAGUAGGGCAAAUGCACAGUGUGAAAUAGUAAUUUCAGCCUGAUGGUUGUGUUGCGUUGUUUUUCCUGAAUCCUGCUGUUUUGACAAGUGCUUAAUGUACAAAAAAUAAAUAUAUUCGUGUGUGAUCAACUUAAAAUAAUAUAUUGAGCUGAUAAAUAAAGUUUCCAAAAUUGAUAAAUAAAGUUUCCAAACAUAAUGUGUGAAGUGUAAUAAAAAGCUGCUACUUGUACACAGUUAAGAGCGAAGUAAAGAAAAAUAAAAAUCAAGUUUUAGUGCAUCUCAAAAGCGGUUUGUGGAGUGUUUACUAACGUGCUGAUUGGUUGUUUUAAAUACAUAUCCUUAACAUAACCAUUAUUACGAUUCACUGAAUGCUCCCGCUUAACAUACUACUUUAUGCGAUGUUUUUUGAUCGACUGUAGCGUUACAGUGCAGUUACUCGAACCUAUCAAAGUGAAUUUCACACAUAUGAACAAACGUACCGUCAAGCACGCACGAUUGCUGGCACGCAUCGAGCCAGCCAAGUGCUGUUGAUAGGCAUUGCAGGCGAGCAAGUGUAGUUGCUUCAGGUGCAAAUUUUAUGUCAGCUUCGGUGCAAUAGUAGUUGGUUUGUGUCUUUCGCAAACUAUCCAUAUAGUGUAGUAGUCCAACCCUUGCAGUAGCUGUGAAACGAAACGAGACGAAAGAAACGUGAAAUAGCUUGUGAAAGGUGCCGUGCAACGGCACACCGACAGCACCACCAACACUGCACUUGUGCACCAAUCCGAAGAUCUUACCCAGGACAGUCAAAAAAUAAUCAAGAUGACUUGCGGCAUUUCUUGUGUGGACAAUGCGUUAAACAAAUCCUUCUUUAAGCUGGGUCUCUUCAUCGGAAGGCAUCCGGGCUACUUUCUUAUAGUACCUGUUUUACUAGCUCUUCUGUGUAUGACUGGCUUUCAACAAAUAAAAUACGAAAUCGAUCCAGAAUAUUUGUUCUCACCAGUCCGAGGGGAGGGCAAAUCAGAACGUGCCAUCGUUGAAAGCUACUUCAAGGUCAACUAUACGCACCGUUUCAACGUUGGAAGAAUUACUCGCCCGGGGAGGUUCGGUCGAGUAAUUGUCAUUUCGAAGGACGAACACAACAAAAAUCUCUUACGAAGCGAAGUUUGGCAGGAGUUACGACUGCUGGAUGGAAUUAUACAGAAUGCUACUGUGCAGUACGACGGUGAAUCAUUCACGUACCGUGAAGCUUGUGCUCGUUGGGAAAAUGAAUGCUUUACGAACGAUAUACUAAACUUGGACAAAAUAAUCGAUGAGGUAGAAACUGGCGAUCUAAAUCUAACUUUCCCAGUAAUGUUCAACCCCGUGACGUGGGAUGCUCACGUCUUUCCAGUAUUCUUCGGUGGAACGCAGGUAUCAGAAGACAAUCUGAUCGUUUCAGUGCCAUCAUUGCAGUUGGUGUACUUUGUUACGGCCGACUCCAAACGACAGGAUGCUCGAGGAGCGGCCUGGGAAGAAGCGUUUCUGGAGGCUGUUGGUUAUGCCGAAGACCAUGGAGUCUUCAAAUACAUUUCUGUUGCACGUUUCGCAUCACGCACUCUGGAUCACGAGCUAGAGAGAAAUACGCGAACAGUGGUUCCGUACUUUAGCUCUACUUUCGUCUUGAUGAUAGCUUUCAGCGUUGUGACCUGCAUGAUGGGCGACGUAGUGCGAUCCAAACCGUGGCUCGGACUGAUGGGUAACGUAUCAGCUGUGAUGGCAACGUCUGCCGCCUUCGGUUUGGCCAUGUAUCUGGGCAUUGAGUUCAUCGGAAUCAAUUUGGCGGCACCGUUUCUUAUGAUUGGUAUCGGAAUAGAUGACACGUUCGUUAUGUUGGCCGCCUGGCGACGUACGUCCGUAAAGUUAUCUGUCCCAGAACGCAUGGGUCACAUGAUGUCGGAAGCAGCCGUCUCUAUCACUAUCACAUCGUUGACCGACAUGAUCUCCUUCUGGAUUGGCAUCCUCAGCCCCUUUCCAUCGGUUCAAAUUUUCUGUGCGUAUAGCGGAUUUGCCGUGUGCUUUACCUACCUUUGGCAUGUUACGUUCUUCGCCGGCUGUAUGGCCGUAUCGGGACACUGCGAGUUCAAAAAUCUGCAUGCCAUCUUCGGAUACAAGGUUCUGCCGGAAUCGGUUGCUAUAAAAGAAAAACGAUCGUGGCUGUAUCGGAAAAUGAACACAGGUGGAAUCAACCGCGACGAUCCGGAUAAUCCUAUAGAUAAUCGGGAACAUGUACUGAUGGCAUUUUUCCGCGAAACGAUGGCACGGAUACUGAACAAAGGCUGGACAAAAACCAUAAUAUUGGUUAUAUUUGCCGCAUAUUUAGGAGGCGCCUGCUUUGGAUUGACCAAGAUCAAGGAAGGACUGGAACGUAGAAAACUGUCCAAGGCGGACUCGUACUCGGUCAAGUUUUUCGACCUGGAGGAUGAAUACUAUCGAGAGUUUCCCUACCGCAUACAGGUAAUCGUGACAGGCGAUCUCAACUAUUCCGAUCCACAUACGCAGAUGCAGAUUGAAGAUUUGAUGCAAUCGCUCGAAAACACCUCUUAUGUCACCUCACCGCUCUACAGUGAAUCCUGGCUGCGAUCGUUCAUCUCGUAUGUCGAUCGCAAUAAUGACUAUCUUAAUCUUACUUUGGACAGUGAGCAAGCUUUUAUCGAUGCUUUGCGAGAGAUUUGGCUGUUCCCGGCGAAUCCCUUCUCGCUAGAUGUCAAGUUCAACGAGGCUGGUACAAAAAUACUUGCCUCCCGGUUUAUGAUACAGGCAGUGAACAUAACUGAUACAAAUCACGAAAAGGUUAUGGUAAAAGAUUUACGGCAAAUAUGCAAAAAUUCCCCCCUGAACGCCACUGUAUUCCAUCCGUACUUCGUGUUCUUCGAUCAGUUUGAGCUAGUGCGACCCACGUCAAUACAGUCAAUGAUUGUCGGUGCACUGAUAAUGAUGCUGAUCUCAUUUAUCUUCAUCCCGAAUUUCCUCUGCUCAUUGUGGGUGGCCUUCUCUAUUAUAUCGAUCGAGCUGGGAGUUGCUGGUUAUAUGGCGCUGUGGGACGUGAAUCUCGAUUCGAUCUCGAUGAUAAAUCUGAUCAUGUGCAUCGGGUUUUCGGUGGACUUCACAGCACACAUCUGCUACACCUACAUGUCCUCGAAGGCACGCACACCCGAUGAGCGCGUGCGCGAAGCACUGUACAGCUUGGGCAUGCCUAUCGUACAGGGCAGCUUGAGUACGAUUCUGGGUGUGGUGGCUUUACUAUUAGCCGAUAGUUACAUCUUUCUGGUGUUCUUCAAAAUGGUAUUUUUGGUGAUAUUUUUCGGCGCAAUGCAUGGUCUGUUUUUGCUACCUGUUCUGUUAUCCCUGUUUGGACCGGGAUCGUGUACAUCGGGCUACCAACCGGACGACGACCACAAACUAUCACCGGUAGAAAAGACCUACCCGCACCCAUAUUGCAUCUCUCAUCCCCAGCUAGCAUUGACGGGUGCGUUCGGUAGUAAAAACUUCCUCGGUGCACCCUAUAAAGCGUACGGCGAAGAUAAGGACCUAGGCAUUGGAACGUCUGGUGAAGAUUCGAGCGAGAGCUCUAGCAGCAAAUCUCAGCGUCGGCAGGCAAUCGAGGAUGAGAACACACGACGUCGUUACGAAGAAGGGUGGAGACGCUCGACGCACAAUUUGACUGGCCAGAGCCAGUUUCAACCUAUGCUCGAUCUUUACGGACAGGAGGCCCUGUGGACAAAGACUACCGGCAAGGCACCGCUGAAAAUUGCCAACGGGCGUUACGGGUACGAAGACAUGCUGCUAAACGUUGCACAAGGGCAAACUACAGUCAAACAGCCACGGUCUGCUGACUUUGAGCUGGACCGAACGGAGGACCGCCGCGAUCGCAGAAAGUCGGAUGACGAACGGUACAAGUCGCGGUACGAAGAUAAUCGAACGUUUGUCGAUGAUGAAAUGCUGGACGACACCGACUAUCAGCAUACCAAUCGCUACUAUGUUUACGACACCAGCCACGUCAAGCGCCUCUCUAAUGACAGUGGAGCAGCCGGUAGCAGCACCAACAAUAAUCCUGCCGGCACGAGCCUUCAGCAUAUGAGCCAAGCGUGCAGCAGUAGCAGCACGGCAGUAGACCUCCAACAGGGUGCAAACACUAAUCGUAGAAAAUUUUCCGACGAAAGCGAUAAACGUCGGCGACACAGUGACGAAAGACGCCCAAGGAAGUUCUCCCCGCCCGAAGGCAUCUACAAGCAGAACCCUCACCGCUCUUCGUCCCAGCAUAAUCUCUACUACCCGCGGCAACCGCCCCAGCGAACGGCCUCCCAAAGCAGCCUGCAUCAGCUGCGCCAUAUGGGUGACAUGAGAUUUCCUUAACUCAUCCUUACACACCCCACAACUGCGAGGGGAUAAAGGAUGAACUACUGAUUCAUUGUAAACUGUGUACGUAAGAGUCAAUCGAAUUGUCCAUGUUUGAGUGUUUGCGUAUGUGUGUGCGAAUGCGUGUAAGUGUGACUCAAUGAUAGAAAGCAUUAAAUAGAAAAACAAAUACCAUGGAAUGAAUGUUCUUAACCGCAGCCUAAUUGUAAGUAAAGGAAAUUCCAAGCACUUCAUGAUUAGUUUUACAUGGCUCACACCUCACCGUUUAUACGGAUGCCACCAUAGUUAGAUAAGCCACGAAACUACGAAGCUCAUGACGCUCACCAUUUCAUUAACGUGUACUGUUAAAUUAACAUUAAUACUAUCUACGGUCGCUUUCUGUACAAGGCAGAUGCUUUGCAGGUUUAGCUAAAAAGGGUGCGUUGGCGAAUAGAAUCGGUCAGUCUUAUUCAUUUUUUAAUGAAGCAGACUUGUGGAUAGGGCUUAUUUGCGGUACUGGUUGGGGUUUGAUACAGAACUAGUUGUUUCGUGUUAGUAGAUUAUAAAAUGUCUUCAUCCAUACAAAACAAACAAAAAACACCUAAGCAAGAAAGAUUAAAUUUGGAAUCCUCAUCAAACAACAAUGCAUCCCAAUCUUAGUAUGUAGCGCGAUAGAAUAAUAUGCAUAUGCUUAUGACAGAGCGGAUACGAGUUGUCCUGUAUAGAGGAGUUCAGACGAAAUGACGUGGCUAUUAUUAUGGCUGCUGAAGGACUAUUUAGCUCAGACUGGUACUGUUUAGUGGUGGCUUUCUACUCUGUGCAUGGCUCCGAUGAUUGACUUGAUGCUAACAGAUGAUUGUGUAUAGUUUGCUAGUAAUAAUAUCUUCCUAUUCCUGAAUGAGCAUAUGUACGCUUCAUUAUUCAAAUUAUGUUACUCGUGAUUUUUUUUUACCAUUCUCAUACUUUGUUUUUUCCCCCACGGGUGUGAUUCUUCCACUAGGCUUAAAAGACGCUGUUGACUACUAAAAGUCAUAGGAAAAGAAAUAAAUAAAAUGAUAAACAAAGCAACGAGCAAUUACAUUGGGCAAAGGAUAUUAAGAUAAGCUAUACGAACGAUAGCCUGACUUCGAUGAUGGCUAUAUUUAAGAAACGAUUUGGUAAAUAAAAUCCAACACUGAAAAA